AUUAUUCUUCUACUUUCAAUUUUAGAAUUUAUCGCCGUGUUUUUUAAAGUUGGUGAUGGUGCGGUGACAGGCUGUCACUGUCAGUAUAUUUGUCGUAUUUGUGUUGUGGUGACUGUGCUUUUAUGGAUAAAGUAUCGUGAUUUAAGACUAUUUAUAAGAUACUAAAAAUAAUAUGACAGAGGAAAAAGGAAAGUCUAAGGCCAAAUCGAAAGCCAAGUCACGAGCAAAAUCUAAAGCUAAAUCAAAAGCUAAAUCAAGAGCGAAAUCUAAAAACAAAUCUAGAGCAAAAUCAAGGGCUAAGUCGAAACAAAAGUCAAAAAUGAAAUCUAAAAUGAAGUCAAUGGCAAGCCUAAAGAAGAAAGGAGGAAAGAAAGGUCACAAAAUGAUGAUAGGUCCAGAUGGGAGAAAGCUAGAAGCCAGAAUAUUUAAUUUCAUGUCUUUGCCUUUUACUGGGUACUUUCGAGAUGGCUACCGUCGCGUUGACCUAGUCAUAGUUAUUAGAGACGAUGGAGUAGGUAAAAAUGAAAAAGUCAAAAUGCUUUAUUUUGCUCAGCUAUGUAAAAUGGGACUAAUACUGGAACUAGAGCAAGGACAAAUGGCUGAGCACAACCAUUUGCUAUUUAUCAAAGUACAUGCUCCAGACAUUUUUAUUGCAAUUCAUGGUGAACUCUUCAUGUAUUUCAAACUUUUCAAAGAUAUUCGUGUCGAGACUAUGGAACAGUCAGCCACGGAUAAGAUGCUGCCAUUUACAUCAGCCUUAUCUGAUAAAGGAUUUGUUACAUUGAUGAGAGAUAACUAUCCGGGACCACCAGGGUAUUCGACAUUGGACCGAAGUUACAUAGUAUACGAUGUUUUAACGAGUACUAGACUAGGUGGAAUAUAUGGAUACAAUCCUUUACAACGUAUGGUACAACUGAACCUUAUCACAGAUGUUUUUGCACUUCACGAUGGACCAUUCUUCUUAGUAGAAAAUCAAGAAACUGACAAAAUAAAUGCAAGGCAGAUUCUGUUUGAAACUUGGACGGGCAUUUCUAAUUUAAUUAAAUAUCAACCACUUCAUAUUAUAAAUGAGUACUUGGGAGAUAGGGUAGCAAUGUUCUUUGCAUUUUAUGGAUUUCUAAAUUUAGCUAUGGCAAUGUUGGCACUUAUGGGUCUCAUGGUGUUUGCUGCAGACGAAUUGCAUAAAUCAGAAAGUGUGAUGACGCAAAUUAUUUGCUCGGAGCCUACAUUUACCAACACGACCAAUCGAAGGAAAUACUUGACCCUAAACAAGUUCAUAUGUCCUAAUUGCAAAUAUUAUGACAUAUGCCCGUAUGCAAUGGUUAACGAUUUCUGCAAAGAAAGUCGUGUGAACGAUCAUGUGCAUACUCUUGCUAAGACGUUCGUCUACCCGACAGUCGUGUUUAUAUGGUCGUGCUUACUUUUAAAACUAUGGAGGAGACAGGAAAGAAACUUUUUCUGGCAAUGGGAAAUUGACAAAGGAUACAUGGAUGAUGUACGUAGGAUUCAUGCAAAGGGUUUUCAGUUUCACAAAGAAAUGAGUGCUUUCAUAAGGAUCCUUAGAUUUGUUUACCACUGUGCUCUGUUAACAUUAUUGGUCCUACUUGCUAAGCAUAACGUGUAUUUAUUCCUUUACUGGCGUUACGCAUUAUUACGCCAUUUAAAAUUUCCUAAUAUAGAGAUAGAUAAUUACUAUAAGAAGAAUUAUUAUGUUAUAUCAUUUAUCACAAUUUCUAACUGUGGGCUUGUAUUUGUGUUCGAAAGGGCGUUUGCGAUGUUAAUUUUUUAUAUGCCACAUUGGGAGCGUCUAAAGUCCCCAAUUUCUAUGGACAAAAGCAUUGCGUACAAAUUAACUGCUCUAACGUUGCUUACUUUGUUUAAUAUUCCAUUUUACUUUGCGUUUAUAAAGGGUCAAUUUUAUACCUAUCCGAUAGACAUGAAAAUUUGGAGAAAAUGGUAUGGUUUACUUGUGGAAAAAUGUGAUCCGAGGUCUUGUAUGGACGAGGUAUUGAUCAUCAUGGUGACAAUACUAUACAUGCGUGAACUGGUCUUUAAAUUUGUGCCAUGUAUGAAAAUCCUCAGCUCUCAUAUUGAUUAUAGUGAUUUGGGUGUGGUUAGAAGCGUAAGAACUCCGCAUUGGGAGAGAGAAAAGGCGUUAAAAUCAUCCAUGGAGACUGAAAAGUUUAUUAUGUUAAAAUAUCGUGAUUUAGUUGUUCAGAUGGCUACCAUGACGCUCUUUGCGAGGGUGUUUCCUCUGGCACCACUUGUCAUUUUAGUUACCAAUGCUCUGGACAUAAGGGUAUGUGCGCGUCGCAUUCUUCUAUACAGCCGGCGACCUAUUUUACGGCGUCACUUGGGUAUUGGUGCUUGGUAUAACGUAUUACUGGCUUUACUUUUGGCUAUAGCGUUAUUUCAGGUACUUUUGGGCACAAUCACAUCCGAAGCCAUUCUGCAAUUCACGUAUCUAUCAACAAAAAAUGAUUCGGUUGUUGACCAUCUAAACUUUGUACCUUUUGAAAAGUUUCGAAUUUACGCAUAUACAGCAGUCUACGGACCGAAUGUUUCAGUGGACGAUUCAUAUGAACUUGGAUAUCUGACUUUAAAAUGCUUUCCGGAAUAUGAUUAUCAAGCAAUUGAAAAAGAAAAAGGAGAGGACACUCCCUUACAUCACUACCUACGUAACAUUGAAAAUAACUUUGGACAAUAUAGACCUUCCUGUUCUUGCACCACUUUCCUUUCUCAUAAGACCGUAAAAUCGACUAACGACUAUGAUCUAAUGCCAAGACGCACUUGUUACUUUAAAGGUUAUUGGAGGCGAUAUACCAACUUUAUCAAAAGAGGAAGGUAUGUUGGAAUGACCACAGGCUCAAAGCUUUACUAUAAUGCUUUAGCAAGGCUUGGGAGAAAUGCAGCAAAUGUAACCGGAUCUAUUAUGGGUUACUUCUUCCUGGGGUUUCUAUCACCUGUGAUUACUGUACCUGUUAAUGCAAUAUUUAGGUGGAAAACGUUUUACUGGAAUUACUUCAAAAGAUUUAUGGAUGUCUAUUUUUAUUCUGGCUAUGCAGAAAAUUGGAAAGCGUACGCUCUGUCUCAUCUCAAAUGGUAUUAUACGCUCUUUUCUUUGGUAAUUUUCUUUGUAAUAUUCAGCGCUAUAUUUUGGUUACUUCCUGACGAUACAAUGCAAGUAACUGAGUCGCAAUCUGUUGAAUAUCACGUGAGACAUUAUGCAUCUGGACAGACCACUGCCUCUGGCGCCGCUACUGCUGCAAAAACUCAAUGAUUAACGAACUGCCAGUUUCAAUAACUUACAGUUACUUUCAUAUGAUUUUGAUAAAUAUGUCCUAUCAAUCAGUCUGUUAUUUUGUCAUCUUAUGUUAUACACACAAUUAUGUAUAUAUAUCAUAUAUUAUUGCCUAACACUAUUAACUUAUUGUAAAAAUGGUAAAUAAAUAAAAAUGUAAAAAUAAACGAAA